CUCCUUGCAGUCUGUGGCCUGGGAGGGCCACCUUCCGCCCCGUUCUUCGUCAUGGACAACCCACAAAAUGUCUUUCAAGUGUUUGAAGCCCAUAUGCAAAGUUAUAAGGGUGAUGAUCCUCUUGGAGAAUGGGAAAGCUACAUGCAGUGGGUAGAAGAGAAUUUUCCUGACAAUAAAGAAUAUUUGUUGGCACUACUAGAACAUUUAAUGAAAGAAUUUUUAAAUAAGAAGAAAUACCACAAUGACCCAAGAUUCAUCAAUUAUUGUUUAAAAUUUGCUGAACACAACAAUGACCUUCAUCAGUUUUUUGAGUUUCUGUACAACCAGGGAAUUGGAACCCAGUCAUCUCCUCUGUACAUAUCCUGGGCAGGAUAUCUGGAAGCCCAGGGAGAGCUGCAACAUGCCAGUGCUGUUUUUCGGAGAGGAAUUCAAAACCAGGCUGAACCUAGAGAACUUCUAAAACAACAAUAUAGUUUAUUUCAGACACGCCUCACUGAAACCCAUUUUCCAGCUCAAGCUAGAACCUCAGAACCUCUGCAUAAUGCUCAUAUUUUAAACCAAGUUACAACAGCAAAAUCAAGUCCAGGAAAAAGCUCAGCCUGUGUUUCUAAGAAUCAGGGCUUAGAAUGUUCUGGUGUGAUACCUGCAGCUUGUGAUAAAGAGUCAAAUAUGGGACAAAGGGUGAUCAUGAUUUCUAAAUCAGAAUGCUCUGCACGCUCAUCUGUGGCCCCCAAGGCUGACACUCAGCAGGUUGUGAUGUACUGCAAGGAGAAGCUUAUUCGUGGAGAAUCAGAAUUUUCCUUUGAAGAACUGAGAGCCCAGAAAUACAAUCAACGGAGAAAGCAUGAACAGUGGGUAAAUGAGGACAGACAUUAUAUGAAAAGAAAAGAAGCAAAUGCUUUUGAAGAACAACUGUUAAAACAGAAAAUGGAUGAACUUCACAAGAAAUUGCAUCAAGUAGUAGAGUUGUCCAGUGAAGACCUGCCCACUUUGCAGACGAUAUCUCAGGUUAAUCCAGAAUGUAUGGGACCAAAUAUAGACCCCCAGCAGAAAACGAGAGCUGUGGUACUUCCAGCUACCAAUCAACAGACCCCAAAGAACGGAGGAGAGAAAUCCAGGGACGCACCUGUUUCUCUUUUGGCAAAUGCUUUGGUGAACCCAUCCGUCGGUCAGCCAACUCCUCUUGAUCCAGCUACCCAGCCGGUGACAGACUCCAGGUGUAUGAGCCAAAACAUUCGUGAAUUCAAGCUACAGAGUAGAGCAGGAACAAAAGAAGCAGGUGAAACACAUAAGGUUGCAAACGUUAGUUCUUUUCACACAACUCCAAAUACAUCACUGGGAAUGGUUCAAGCAACGCCGUCCAAAAUACAGCCAUCACCAACCGUGCACACCAAGGAAGCAUUAGGUUUCAUCAUGAAUAUGUUUCAGGCUCCUACACUUCCUGACAUUUCUGAUGACAAAGAUGAAUGGCCAUGCCUAGAUCAAAAUGAAAAUGCAUUUGAAGCCCAGUUCCAAAAAAAUGCAGAAUCUUCUGCUGCUUGGGGAGUUGAUAAAAUCAUGUCUUUAUCAUCUGCUUUUCCCAUUUUUGAAGAUGGGAACAAAGAAAAUUAUGGCUUACCACAGCCCAAAAAUAAGACCACAGGAGCCAGGACCUUUGGAGAACGCUCAGUCAGCAGAUUUCCUUCACAGCCAAAUGAAGUGCCUCACACUGAAAAGUAUUUGGAUGAUUCAACAAUCUGGGGUAUUCGCUGCAACAAAACCCUUGCACCCAGUCCUAAGAGUAUAGGAGACUUCACAUCGGCUGCCCAGCUUGCAUCUACACCAUUCCACAAACUUCCAGCAGAUUCAGUGCACAUUUUUGAAGAUAAAGAAAAUGUGAUAGCGACGCAGUAUACCCAUGUGACUUUUGAUUCUUGUGAAGAAAAUAUGGUGGAGCCCUCAAAGGAUAGAAAAUUUGGCCUUAUUCAAGAGAAAAUUCCAGAACAAGCAUUCCCCACUGGUGAAUCUUCUGUGUCUUUACAACAUACUCCCCAGCCUUCCACAGAUGGUAUACUCAUCCAGGAAGCAGUGUGUGGCCUUGAGGCUUACAAACAUACAGAUACUGACCUUGACAUCGUGACAAACCCACCAGAUGCCAGCACUGGACUCCAGUCUAAAUGGAUGCAGACUAGUUCAUUUGGGACUGUCAGUGCUCCAAACUUCACUGUUGAGAACCCAUGGGAUGAUGAAUUGAUUCUCAAACUUUUGUCUGGACUUUCUAAACCAGUGAGUUCCUAUCCAAAUACUUUUGAAUGGCAGUGUAAACUUCCAGCCAUCAAGGCGAAGACUGAAUUCCAACUAGGCUCUUUGCUGGUCUAUAUCCAUCAUCUUCUUGGAGAAGGGGCCUUUGCUCAAGUUUAUGAAGCUACCAAUGGAGAAAUGGAUGAUACCAAAAAUAAGCAGAAAUGUGUUUUAAAGGUCCAGAAGCCUGCCAGACCGUGGGAAUUCUACAUUGGGACCCAGCUGAUGGAAAGACUAAAGCCAAAAAUGCGACACAUGUUUAUCAAAUUUUACUCUGCUCACUUAUUCCAGAAUGGCAGCAUAUUGGUAGGAGAGCUCUACAGCUAUGGAACAUUAUUAAAUGCCAUUAACCUCUAUAAAAAUACCCCUGAAAAAGUGAUGCCCCAGGCUCUGGUCAUCUCUUUUGCUAUGAGAAUGCUCUAUAUGGUUGAACAAGUCCACAACUGUGAAAUCAUUCAUGGUGACAUUAAGCCAGACAACUUCAUACUGGGAAAUAGAUUUUUGGAACAGAAUGAUGAAGAUGAGGAUUUAGUUGAUGGCUUGGCACUGAUUGACCUGGGUCAGAGUAUUGAUAUGAAACUUUUCCCCAAAGGAACUACAUUUACAGCAAAGUGUGAAACGUCUGGUUUUCAGUGUACUGAGAUGCUCAGUAACAAGCCAUGGAGCUACCAGGUUGAUUACUUUGGAGUUGCUGCAACAGUAUACUGCAUGCUCUUUGGUACCUACAUGAAAGUAAAAAAUGAAGGAGGAGUCUGGAAGCCUGAAGGUCUAUAUAAAAGGCUUCCUCAUUUGGAUAUGUGGGAGGAAUUUUUUCAUAUCAUGUUGAAUAUACCAGAUUGUCAUCAUCUUCCAUCUUUGGAUUUGUUAAGGCAAAAGCUGAAGAAACUAUUUGAACAACAUUAUUCCAACAAGAUUAGGACCCUGCGUAAUAGGCUAAUUGUACUGCUCUUAGAAUAUAAGCGUUUGAGAAAAUAAAAUGUGGAUAUGGACACUAAAUCACUUUGUAAAUACAGUAUCUCACUUUGAACCCUGAUGUUUUCUCCACAUGUAUUAUUUAUUUGUUUGUUA